AUGGAAGUUAAAAGUGAUGUUCCGAUUAAAAAGCCAAAUUCACUACUUGGCAUUAGACACCUACAAGCUUUAAUGUUAUUUCUGGCACUUUUACUGGCAUUUGCGAUGAGAGUGAAUAUUAGUAUGGCUAUAGUCGCUAUGACUGACAAGGACACCGAAGAUGCUUUUGAUUGGAGCAUUCAGACUCAGAGUGUAAUUCUGUCAUCAUUCUUCUGGGGUUACAUUGUAUUGCAAGUACCAGGUGGUGAAAUGGCUGCCAAAUUCGGCGGAAUGAUUCUAAUAACUCUGUGUGUCGGUAUCAAUUCUGCUGUUUCAUUGAUUUUACCCAUAGGAGCUUACUAUGGAGGCUGGCAACUGGUAUGCGCUUGUCGAGUUGUACAAGGAUUGUCUCAAGGCUUCAUUUUCCCUUCAAUCCAUCACUUGAUAGGGAAAUGGGUUCCUCUGGAGGAGAAAAGCAGAUUAGGAACCUUAAUAUACGCUGGUGCGCAACUAGGAACAGCUAUACAGUUAAUGAUAUCAGGAUUUCUCGCUGAUUACUGGGGAUGGCCGUCAAUAUUUUAUGCAAAUGGUGUUGUUGGUGUAAUAUGGACUGUUGCUUAUAUUUUCCUGGGUGCCGCUACACCGAGUAGUUCAAAAAUGAUCAGUGCUGAAGAAAGAAUGUACAUCGAAAGCUCUCUCGGACAUGUUGGAGGUGCAAAUAAGAAAUUGUCAACUCCUUGGAAAUCGAUAUUUACAUCACUGUCGUUCAUAUCGCUCAUCAUAGCACAUUGUGGACAAAAUUGGGGUUUCUGGACCCUAAUGACUGAGAUACCCUCUUACAUGAAACAAGUUUUGGGAGUGGACAUUAAAGCGAAUGGAGUAAUGUCCGCUUUGCCGUAUCUUGCCAUGUAUUUAUUAAGCUUCCCAUUAGGUUUCCUCUCAGACUACGUACUUAAGAAGAAUUGGUUGAGCGUCACUGCUAGUAGGAAGCUCUCUAAUUCUCUUGGACAUUACGGCCCUGCUAUUGCUCUUAUCGGUCUCUCGUAUGUGCCUGCUGGUAAUGUGGCCAUCGCUGUCGCCGUACUAACAGUAGUCGUAGGACUCAACGCCGGCCACUACACUGGAUAUUUGCUGGUUCAUAUUGAUAUGGCUCCAAAUUUUGCUGGAACGAUGAUGGGUAUAACAAAUGCAAUAGCUAAUGUCAUAUCUAUAAUUGCACCGCUUGUUGCUGGUGUUUUGUUGAAUGACGAGACUGAUGCCCAGGAAUGGAGGAAAGUGUUUUACCUUUCAUCAGCUAUCUACAUUGUUUGCAACACAUUCUUUGUCGUUUUUGGAUCCUCGAAAAGACAAAAGUGGAAUGAAGUGGAUGAAUCUAAAGACGGCGAAAAAAAUAAAAAUUGA